AUGCUUCAGGAUGGAGGCCUGAAUGAGGUUAAGUCAGGGAUCAGGAGGUUCCCUUCUGAAUUGCGGUACAACGAAGUUGCAGGCAUUGAAUCUGAGGAAAUGAAGUCGUUCUUCAGUAAUCAUGCAGUCAAUCUACUUUCAGAGUUUCAAAGCCAAGGCGAUAAGAAGAAGGAUACAACGUUGAUAAAAGAUGCUCGAAUGGAUUCCGAGGGACCUACGUCGUUGAAAUGUCAGGAAUGCCCUAAAGCAUUCCUCAACAAGAUCUACUGUCAAAAGAAAAAGCUCAUAUUCACGUAUGGCUUUGUCAAAAACAAAGAAGGUUACUUUAAGUAUCGAUUUGAAUUUGCGCCUAGAAAUCCAUCAGCAGCCGCCAAGCAAUACAAUCAGCUUAUGGACCUUUUUCGGAACUCUGGAUCGACAGCUCACCUUGACUGUAAAGUAUCCAAACUCACCAUCCCUCUUCACAAAGCCUGUCGUACAGACCAUCUGGUCUCUAUGGUUCCUAAGAACGCGGAUAUGCGUAUAUGGAGUACUCAGGCACUCUGA